AUGCGUAGCUUAAGCGCCAAUUCGUGUAACGAACCGAUCUUAACAACCAUGUUUCUGGAGUACUUACCUCCAUUGUGUCGCGCGAUACUAUCCGCGUCCAAAGAAAACCUGCAAGAGCUAGCGGAACUGGAUGACCGCGUCACGGAAGCGGUUGCACAGGGCGGUCCUGGCAUCAUAACCGUUUCGCAAGGCGAAAGCCUUUCGUCCACCGUACCACGAAGUGAAACCCAUGCAUCCACCGAGUUAUCAACCGAUAACAACGUGGCUUCGAUCGCCAGAGAAAUUCGCGAUUUAUCCAAGCUCCUACAGUCACGCGGCGUAUAUCACCAUAUAGUCACGACCGGUCCACCGGUAGCCGAACGCGCACGAAGACUAGCACCCGAUAAACUUAAAGCCGUAAAAGCAGAAUUUAAACGAUUAAUGGAAGCAGGCAUGAUCACGCCAUCCAGUAGCCCUUGGGCUAGCCCGAUUCAUCUCGUGCGUAAAAAGAACGCAUCCCCUUCUCCAGAGGAGCAUGAGGAACAUCUGCAAAAAGUGCUAGAGAGAUUGCAACAAUUCCAUUUACGCUUGAAUCUCGAGAAAUGUCAGUUCGGCGUACCCGAAUUAGUCUUCCUCGGCCAUUUGGUUAAUAAGGAAGGUUUUAAGCCGAUCCCUAAAAAGUUCAAGGCAGUUAAUGAAUUCCACAAACCUCGUACGAUCGAGGAAUUACGUAGAUUCCUCGGAAUGGCACUGGACAGGAGGAGAAUCAAGCAACAUUCGGUAGUGGAGGGGAAAGCUGUACUUGUAUUACGUAUCCGCAUUACGAGCAUAUUAACCUUGGUACUCAACAUAGUAGGAAACUUCCAUCGCUCAUUGGAAGUUAGGUAUUACCAUCUCCCAACACAAACGGAGAACCGUAAUUGUGGAAGAAGAAACGCGAAUCCAUAUGGUGGAGAUUGA